UGUGUGCACUUGGAUGGGUUAAAUGCAGAGCACAAAUUCCGAGUAUGGGUCACCAUACUUGGCCACAAGUCACUUCACUUUCAUAAUCAUGUUUUGUUUGGUCCGUUCAAAGGCACGCUGGAUUUUCUUUUUAGUCUAAGGUUGAGAGGUCCAUCUACCACUGUUUUUAUGUUUGUAGAGUUAGUUCGUGGAGUAAAUAUAUAGGCUGUGUACACAGCUUUUUACAAAUGGCGGGUGCUGGUGUUUCGCGUGCGUUCGACCAAUCAGCGCACACUUACGGCACUGCUAGUUCUUGUUGUGCUGGGUUAGACCGUUUACAGUCUGAAGUAGCCGUGAUUCGCCUCUCACAAUGUAACAUGCUCUAAACACACAGAAUAAUGUAAGUGGAUUAUUUUUUGUAUUCGCGCCUUUGAACAUUGCGAAAUCAUGGCAUCCUUCACGAGUUUACACGUACAUGAAAUCAAAUAAAGUAAUUUAUGGUAUAUUUAUAAUUUAUAGUAAUUUAUGCGUAUUUGGAGUGCUGUCCGGUGGAGGGCUCCGAGCUCAGAUUUUGGCCCGAACCCAGAGUACGUCCCCUCCUUAACUGGGAUAGAAACCUGCCAAGAGUGAGGUGAUGGGGUGGUGGAGGGAUGCUGUGAAACUUGUCGCGGGAUAGAGGUGAUAGACGGCUUUAUAUACCGGCUUCCUCUUGCACUGAUUGGUUGAUUACCUUAACGUGCGCCUCCCAAAUUUUGUUAAAUAAAACUCCAUAUAAUCGUAAUCGCAAAUAGAAAUUCGAUUAAUUGUGCAGCCCUACAUAUUAUUGUUUUUAAAAAGUGGUGUAUACGAAAUAAGCUUGUCCACAGUUAUAAAGCAGAAAUACAGAUUAAAAUCACUAAUUAACAGCUAAAAGGGAGAAACAUAGAUGCAGUCUAAGUGUGAACACGUCGGCAGGAGAAUGUUCUAUACGGACCUCUGAAUACAUUAGUUUAUUUUUCCUGUGGGGCCUAAGUGUAAGGGAUUUAAUAAGAUCCAAUUACAGUUACUGUACAGUUUCUUGUGUAAAUUUUAUGAUACUUGUAAAUGCUUAUUUUAAUCUAAAUUAUUGUGCUAAUUUCUGUUCCGUUUGUUUUUAAGUUACAGACUUCAUUUCCCGAUUACAUUAAACACUGCGGCUCAAAUUAAACUCCCUUUAAUGCCCACUGAAGUUCAAGACACACCGUGACCUUUUCCCAAUGUGGUUUGCUCAGUAGCCACUGCCAUUUUUAAAGGUAUCGUUUAUCUUACAAACUCAUUUUUUGCUGCUGUAAGUGACAUUACUGACAGAAGUUUUCCACAAAUUCAACUAAUCCACAACAAAAUUAUUUUUUGUAACACUUGAAAAUUCCCCCAUCCGGCUGAUGGCAGCUAUAUGUAGUCACUUUGCUAAGUGCAUAAAACUGAUAAAAAUUGCGUCACACGGACAGACAAAGUAUACUUUGGACUUAAUAUAUUAUUGGCAUGGUAAGGCAUGGAGUGUUAGUGACAAGCCUGUCCAGUCAUCUCUCAUUCUUUUAGGAAUAUCUGGUCUCUCUUUCCCCAUGUAUACAGAACACGAGUGCCAUUGGCAUGAUCUGUCUGGAGUAUAAAGGGGUGGCAUCGGGUACAAUCACAUUGCUAUUGUGUUCAAUUAAACUUUUAUGGUUAUUUCAUGGUUAUUUGCCCAGAGGGAGCAAAUUCCAAACACAUCACAGUUCCACGGAUCAGAUAACCUGCAGACUUGCACAUGUUGUGUGAAUUAAAGUUCUGCCACCCCAAGAACAAUAGCUGAUGUGGCACUUUAACCCUGAGAUUGUUUUGCCUUCAUUUGUCGCUAUAAAUCGUUAAACUUAUUUUUUCUUAGAAAUGGAUGUUGCUUGUUUUUGUUUCCCCCAGAUGCUCUUGACUGUGUCACUGGACAAAUUAAACACACAAAACUAACUUGUUAAUUUGAAAUGAAGCACGGAUGUCAUUUAAACAUCAUGUGUUUAUGUGAGUGGCACAUCGUGACUCACUGUGAUGACUUUUGUUAUGCUUAGUAUGGCUCAGUUUCCACAGAGACAUCGAUAUGUUGCUAUUAAUAAUGACAUUGGCGAACCUGCUUUGAAUCCCCGAAGCUUAACUGUAAUUGGAAAAAUGGGAAAUGAUAUUGCUUGUUAAAGUGCAUGUAGCUGUGAUUAACAGAGAAUGAUGCAAUUAUCCACCCAGCACAUAACCGUGGGUUGACUUAUAACAAUCAUAUCACCUACAGUCAAAUAUGAGUAGGCUUUGUGAGGCGUUUAUGAGCCCAGAAAAGACCAAACAUGUUUUACCAGCUGCUUUGAACAAGUCAUCUUCCAUAAUUCUAUAAUUCUGUUCAGCCUUCUGAGGAUUUUACAGAGCUUGUAGUGAAAGUUGAACACUGAGUGGCAUUUUGUUCUCAGCAGGUACAGAAGUAUAUGAUGAGCUAAUGCCACAUGGGAAUUUGCCCUUUCAGUAUGUGAUCUUCUCUUGCUGUCCUUCUGCUCUCUGCGUGUUCAGGACGAGUUCAAGGAAACUAAACAUUCGACUAGGACUCAAGGCUUGUUGUUGUAUUCUUAUUUGUAAGUAACUUUAGAUAAAAGCUUCUAAAUGAUAAUGUGCAGUGAUGUAUCAGCAUUAUAUUCAAAUAGUUAGAAAUGUCAUGAAAAUCAUUAAAGAACAUUCAGUAACACUUUAAAAUAAGAUUCAAUCCAUUUCCAUUAUAAUGCAUUAGAUAUGAUUGUAGCAGGAGAGGUGAGGAUCUAUUAGCAAACCGUCUUUAUUUCAUGAACACACGAAAAACAAAGAUAACCAAACAUGAAGACAGGGAAAACAGGGAAAACAUAAAACACAGGGAUUCCCUGUUUCAGUAUACUAAUCAACAACUUUUUUACAGCAUUUUCAUAAAUAUUAUAUUCUAUAUCAUAUAUUUUAGAGUAUAAUUGUUAUGUUUAGGGGCCAUUUACAUGAGAUUGUUUUUAAUGCUUUUUGGCCAUUCAUUUACACGACAGCUGCGUUUUGGGGGCCUGAAAAUGCAAACUUUUUCAAAGUGCAAGUUUUUGAAAAUGAUCUGGAUCUGUGAAAAUGGUGAUGACAUGCACAUGCGUAUUACGUGUUCUCUGUGAAAGACUGCGUAUGUGCGCAUGCGCAUAGUCUUUCUUUACACAGUGACAUCACAAACUACUGGCCUGACAUGCACAAUUCAGCGUUUUUAGUCGUUUUCACGGAUCCGUGCGAACGGGGAUCGUUUUGACAGCGUGGUCUAUAUAAAGAAAAAUGUUUCAGUUUUUUUUAUAUCAUUGUCGUGUAAAUGCCCCCUUAGCCUGCGUUAGAGUUGUUUUUCCUGUUCUGUUUUCUUUUGUUUGCAUUUGUUUUCUUGGUUACUCAUUGUUUGAUUACAAUCCUGUUUCUCGUUUCCUUUCAGUGAUUAUCUUUUGUAUUUAUAUCCCUCAGUUUGUAGCCAUGGCUGUCCAUUCUCCUCAGUUUUAUUGUGGUUGUUCUGUCCGUGUGUAGAGAGUUUCUAGUAUUUUGUUAUUUUGAUUUUUGGGGUUAAUAAAAGACUGCUGCACUUUUCUCAUUCCUGCAUCAACCACAGCAUGACAAUAAUAAUAUGUUAAAAAAAAAAAAAAAAACCUAUACUAUUGUUCAUUGCCGUUUCAUGUUUGUUCUUUAUACUUUACCUAAUUUAAAUGAACCUGUAAUGCUAAAAAUGUAUAAGUAUUUGUAGAAAUGAGAAUUAAUCAAGAUCAGUAAAUGCUGUCAAAAUAUUGUUCAUUGUUACGUCAUGUAUUGCAUUAAAGGGUUAAUGAUCAUUCAUCAUCAUUUACUGUCCUCGUGUUGUUCUUGUAUGACUGACUUUCUUCUGUGGAACACAAAAGGAGAUAUUUUUAAGAACGUCGGGCCCAAACAACAUUGGAGCUCAUGCAUUGACUUCCAUUCAUUGUAUGGACCAAUAAACACUUGAGACAUUUCUCAAAGUAUCUUCUUUUGUGCUCCACAGAAGAAAGAAAGUCACAGGUUUGGAAUGACACGAAGGCGAGUAAAUGAUGACAGUAUUUUUAUUUUUUGGUGAACUAUCCCCUUAACUUAUGUUAAUAGGAAGAACCUUUUGAGUGUUACUGGAAAUUCUAUAGGCUGUUUUAUACUGUAUAUUUUCUAGACAGACCUCGCUCAGUCUCUUCACGGCCCUUUGAAUGAAAUUCCUGGAUUUAGAUGAUUACUCAGACUUUGGCUCUUUGAAACCUUCAGGAUUUCCUCAGAUUUUCCCUAGAGUGUGUCUAGGGAAUCUUUCUGAAAGCAUGCCUCUGUUAAGUUCGUACAAUAUGGAUAAGAUGCAACAAAGGAGAUCAUCCUUGCUCUUUUCCUCUUCUUUCAAUCAAUCCAUCAGCGCUCCUCCUUCCAUGAUAGUUCUCGCCCACGUGCUCCUACAGAACUGGGCUAAUUACCCAUCAGCAGCAUCCAAGCCUUUCGCCAUGACUAGUUUGUGCUGUAGAUGCUGUGGAGAAUCAAAGACUCUCACACUCCCCAGCCAGUCUGUACGGCUACGGCUGUGCUUUAAACAGACAAAAGUACAUUUCCCCUUAGAGUGCAUUUAUCAUUUGUUCGGUGGCUGAGAUGCAAUGAUAAGUUGGCACAAAUGGCACCAGACCGGGUGACAGGUGGAGCUGUAGGCAGAGCUCAGUGUGUCGUACCUCGCUGGGCACCAGUGAGUCAUCGCACUAAUGUCAGGUGACCGGACAUAUGGCAUCCUCUCACUGCUGUAAUGCUCCUCGGGUUCAUCUGAUAGGCAACAUUCAUUUCCUAUGCUCUUUUCACACAAUUUAUCACUGAAAUGUGUUUCUAUAGAUCCAAGUGCUGGUUUAAAUGUGUUUACUACUCCUCUUCAUUUCUCUCUUUCUCUCACUCUCCCUGGGCUCCCCUCUCCUCGUUCAGUCACCUAUAACAUCCAUUAGAGGGGGAUUUUCGUAGUUAUUGAAUGGGACCCUGCAGGCUACACUUUGCUUCCCACGACAUGAACCCCACAUUGGAAGGAGAGAAACUACAAUAGUGCUAAUGGUGCAAGCUAUGCAUGAACUCAUUCGGUGCAUAUAGACAGCUGCACAGGUUUAACGCAUGCAGAGCUCACACAAGAAGCCCUGUAUUUUUACACUGAAAUACAUUUCAGUUGCUUCUUCAAGAAAUGCUCCUUUGACCAAAUGUUCUUGUAAUUUGUGUAAUUUCUCUAUUUGUGCAGAACGUGAUCCAGCAAAUCAGAUCACAUUGUUCUUACUCUGUGCUCGUUGCGUUGAAUCCCCCAGUUUGAUUCUCGUGGUUGUAUAAAUAGAAGCAAGCAUAUAAUUAGCCACAUGGACUGCAGAUGUUGAACAUCUUCAUCUAAAAGCUUCUCUCAGAUAAAAAGCUCUGUCCUUUUGUGCAUCAUGUUCCAUUUGGCAGUGUGUGAUGUUGCUUUGUGCCUAGAAUGAAUUGGUUUUUCUUCGAGUGUUGAUGUGGGGAGUACAUGCCAUUAUUAGAAAACAUUAACUGAGUGAAUAGAUUUGUUAAAUGAGAACAGGUUUUUUAUUUAAAAUAGAAACAAAUGCAUAACAAUUUUCUGAAUAUAUAUAAUCAAUCACAAAAGUUCUGUCAUUUAACUCUAGAUGGUGCAGGCUGAUAGGUCCUUAACUCAAUCUGUCUCUUAACGCAAUCACAUGAUUCUCUAUAGGGCACAGCCGACUGGUUCCUGCUGUAUCAAUAGUAGAGACGUGCCCGAAGCGGAAUACCAUAUUCGGAAAGGAAAUGACGUAUACUACGGAGCCCCUAAAGGGAAUACACAUGAGAUGGGAGGAAAAAAUAUAUUUCUUUCUAUAUAUAUGCUUUGCUUUCUCUUUCAGUUAUAUAGUUGGGUAAUUAUAAUGUAAAUAAUUUGCCAGCAUCAGGAAGCUUCUGUUAAUAUGCAGAGUAUUGAAAUCGCUUUUGAAUGCGUGCACACUUUUACUUUCACUUUCAAGAUUCGCAAUCACACAUACUGUGUGUAUACUAGGUAGAACUUAUUACACAUUUCACAAGAUUAGAUAUUUCUCAGUGACACUCAGGAACUGCAAACCAUUCACCAUUGUCCUCAGCCAUCAGCCAUCUCUCCUUACUCUUUAUGUGGUAAGUGAAAUCUGUUGUACUACAAAGUAACAGGCUCCUGCUAGCAAGCGACUAACCAUGUCCCUUUCGGGGCUCCGUAGACAGUGUUUUUUCCCCCCGUGCCUUUCCGAAUACGGAUUUAGUAUUUGGGCACACCUCUUAUCAGUAGCCAAUGAGAUCGCUGCUCAACCUUUAAAUACUUGGUCAGUGUUUGUUGAAGCAGUUGCAGCGCACUUUCAGAAAACCUCCACUUUCCCCAGCUCCACCUGUAUAAAUCUGCUACGGCUUAUGUAUUUAUGGGUUAUGUAUGCUGUAUUAUUCGGCAGCAGCAUGUCUUACUCGCUCACAGCAGCGUGUCGUGUGUGUUUUGGUAGUAGCAAGUCUCUGCAGCAGCGUAGCAGAUUUAUUCCGCCAAGACCAAACAUAUCAUCAUUGUCGUAUCCGUUACAAUGCCAAACACUCAGAGACCUGUCAUUACAGAAAUAUAUUAAUCUAUAUAGUCUUGAAUUGUCUUGGCUGUGUGCUUAGGGUGAUUUUCUUGUUGGAAGGUGAAUCUGAGCACUCAUGUCCAAUCCACUGAAUUUGCCACAGAUUUUUCUGGUAAACCAGAGAAAUGGGAUACACCUGAUCUAAAUUUCAAAUGUCAUAGCAAAGGGUCUGAAUACUUAUAUUAGUGUGAUAUUUCAGUUUUUUCAUUAACAAAUUUGCAAAGUUAUGACAAUACUGAUUUUUGCUUUGUCAUUAUGGGGUAUGGAGUCUUAAUUUGAAUAAUUUUAGCAUAAGACUGCAACAUUACAAAAUGUGCAAAAGAAAGAAAGGAUCUGAAUACUUUCUGGAACCAUUGUAGAUCCAAUCUUUGAGCUUGUCUGGCCAUUUUAUCCAUUUUUUUCCUAUAUUUUCCAGUGUGAGAUGUGGUUUUGUUUUAACUCCACCUUAAAUGUCCAGCAGCUUCCCACAGUCUUUUCUUCACUAUUGCAGACAAAGUUCAAACUGUUCAAAAGUUUUCCAGGUGAGACAUUUAUAUUCUAUUGCAAUUACAAACUUCAUUAAGGAGUGCAAUCAUUUGCAGCUGUAUUAAAAAUAAGAAAUGUCUAUUAAUUAAUAAACUACUGCGAUAGAAAAUGUGGCUUUGCAAAAAUACUAUUCUACUGUGUGUGUUUAUAAAGAAGCACAUACACACACAUUCAUUCAUUCAUUCAUUCAUUCAUUCAUUCAUUCAUUCAAGGUCUUGUUGUUUUGUCUUUUGAAUUCAGUGAAUUCAAACAUUUUAUAUGUAUUUAUAGAAAAAGAAAGACCAGAAGCGUGAGAGGGCAGGACACGAGCAUUAAUGUAGGUGGCAUACGCUGUGGAUAUAUCAGCAUCAUCAAUAACACUCCUGUUUGGAGCUCUCUCAAACCAUCUGCCAUCAUGAGAAAGGCAGCCAAUCGGACGGCUCCGACCAGACCCUCUGCUCUCAUUGGCUCCUCCCUGGCCCUCGGCUCUGAAGACUCCAGUCAGCUCUGCUAGCAAAACAGACAAUGUGCUGCUGCUACAAGCAGGGGAGACUCAACAAAUGCAACGGAACAAGGAACACGUCGCAGCCUGAGAGAGGAAGCAAAUGCUCACUCCUGAAACAGCCAGCAGGAGGAGGAUCAGCAACCAGAAAAGACAUCAGCGGCGACAGUCAGAAGGUCAGUGAGAUGGGCUGCUCUUCUGGCCGCUUGCCCUGCCAGCCUCCAGCCUCCGCACAGCUGGCGACGCUGGACCCCGACUGCAGCCUGUCCCACGAUGGCACGAGCCCGAUGGUUGCAGCCAAAGCGCCGGAGGACCUCUCCACUCUGGAGCGGCUGGCCCAGGCCACCGGAGGCACGGAGAAGUCCUGGUACCGCUGCGUCUUUCCCUUCGGGUUCAUCUCGCUGGUGAUCGGCAUGGCGGGCUCCGGCGUCACGUUCACCUUCAACACGCUGCCCCAGACUCGAGUGCUGUCCCUGGUGCUGCUGGUCAUGGGCUUCGUCAUGCUGCUGAUAGCGGCUGCCUGCUGGAAGGUGCACCGGUCUCGCAGGAGAGAAAAGAAGGAGGGCGGCAUCUUCAGCUCAGAGCAGUGCACUCUAUGAGACGCACUUAACAAAGGCAGAAGUUUUUCUGCUGUUCUGGAAAGAAAAGGAAAAAAAAGACCUAAUCCGCUGGCUCAGUUUGAGGGCAAGUUGUCCGUAACAUCUCCUCACUUUCACUGGUGGCCUGUGGAAACAUUUUUGUGACAGUACACAGGCAAAUGCAUUUUAUGUUUCUAUUAGGUAAAAAUCAUAAAGAAACGAGGACCAUGGAGGAGCUCUGUGUGUGUCAGUUUAUAGAUUGGAGAAAUAAUAUGGUUGGGUCAUUGGAGAAACAGGAGAGUCCCUGAUAAUGCUGCAACUUUCCCUGCUUUCAUCUUGAGGGUUUUGUGAAAGGAGGAUGCAAAAGAAAAUAAUGUAAAUCUCUGUACAGCUGACUGCAGGUCAGGAAAGGAAGGCUUUUGUGAUAAAUAUGAACACUGAUAAAAGAAUGACAGCUACUUAAUAUGUUAACAUGUACAUCAUGUAUGAUUAAGUUACAUGCAGUUUGCAGUGAGUUCCAGGACUUACUUUUAUUUAUUUAUUUAUUUAUUUAUUUAUGCCAAGUCAAAUGUAUUAGGACAAGAUCAACAGAUGAACAGCAUUUAAGUAUGAUUAGAGUGAAAUUUGUGCAGUUACAUAUUUGUGUUGCGUCACAGAAGUGUUUUUGAAGUUCCAGACUGUUAUUUUGCUAUUACCUAUUGCUUUGUCUGUCAAGUGACUGCAAAGUGAAAUCUGAGCACAUGAAAAUGUUCCUAUACAUCCUUGCAUGUAUUCCUGUAAACCUGUGUGUGUUUUUGGGAGUAAUACAUGUUUUCUCCUGCACACUGUAGCUAACUCUAGGGACAUGAAUCAGAUCAUAUCUACUGACAUCUUAGCAGCAAACCAGUGUCAGCCAACUGAAUGUGAAGUAGAAAAAGCUAAACAAGAACCCGAUUUACUGACAUGUGAAAAGUGGUACAUUUAGAAUAUGCUGCAUAUGUGAAAAUGAUCAGUAUUUCGGUUCAGUACUUAUUUGCACUGUUAAUGUAUUUCAGCUUUGGUGUGUUUAGGGAGUUUAAAGCCGUUUUUGAUCUUUUGCUAUGUACCGUAAAUUUGGUCUUAUAUAUGUUAUAUAUUUUUAUGAUAUGUAUUUUUUGUAUAUUUCUCUGUGAGAAGAAUUGCCAGCUGUUUGUAUGUGUUUUCUGAGUGCCUGUAUUUUAACAGUAGAUAUUUUUGUAUCACCCACCACAAGGUUUUGUGAAGAAAAAACGUUUUCAUUUUUAAAAAGCCGUAUUAAUUUUAACAGAUACCCCUAAAAUCACUGUAAGUGAAAAUAUUUCUGCUUUCUGAAACAGAAGGGGCUCGUGUUUCGGCAGUUGUGAGUCUGAUGUUUCAGUUUCUGUGAUUUUACCCUUACAGAGGGAAGAGGGAAUAGGGAGAGAGAGACAAAAAGAAAAAAAAAAUCGUUGGUGAGAGGGAGGUAGAGUAGUGGUUGGGUGGGUUGGAGGAUUCAUUAAGAAAAAAACGUCAGGAAACAGCACUACGUGCUCGGAAUAAAAUAAGUGGGAGAGGAGAGCUGUGGCAGACACUGCGACGUCAAAAACCAGCCUCAGAGAAGGUGCUGCGUGACUCAUUUGACAAACAUGUAUUCUUCGCAUUUUUGACUAUGCUCCCGUUUUCAACCCUUGUAUUUGGGGCAAGUAGCACAGUUGACUGUGAAAUGCUAGGUAUCUAAAAAAACAACUGUGUAGUAUGACUCAUUAUGAGAGAUGCUGUGAUACAGAUUAUGAUUCUGGAAUGAUUAGACGAAUCAUAGACAUUCACAUUUAGAGACAGAUCUACCUCGUUCAUAAUAUACCAGCCCAGCACUCUGAUGUUAAUCAGACAUCAUUUCUUCUCAUCCAGCUGAAAGUAUGCAAGAUAUUUAUAACUAUAUAAGUAUAGUCUAACUAUAACUAUCUGCACAUUUGCUUAAACUAAGAUGAAUUCUCACAGAUUGAAAUGACACUCCCUGUAUUUCACUUUCUAUUCUGUUUCAGCCCUUUAUUUUGAGGCAGAUAUACAUUAGAGUUUUGCAUAUUGUUUGUGUGCAUCUUAUUGUCAGUAGAUGUAUUUAUACUUUUGUUUUUGGACUAUCAAAAGAAUUGUAUUAAAUGGAAGAAUGCAAUGCAA